GUAUAGAUACUAAAUAAACAUGAUCUCAGGUGCAUUUUAUGCAUCAUUAGCGGGCUUUCUUGGAGCCGUUGCCUCCUCGUCAGCCAAGCUAUCUCUGGGCUCAGACUACCUCAAAGGGAUGUGUAAAACAGGGUUGAAAGCCUGGGCUCAGGAUGGAGACUACAAGAUUAUUCAGGAGGAAACAUCACCCUGCGAUUGGGCUCUGAGACACUCCUCCUCCUCAGCCCGGGCCACGGUCACCACCACCGCAUCCAACUUUGUAUCCUCUGCAUUCGUUGGGAAGCUGAUCUUUGGUGAGACCCAUGCAGCACUGUGGUGGGUGGGCAUCUCUCUAACUCUCUCAGGUUUACUGGUGUUGCACAGAUCGACUUCUCGACCAGCAGAGGCCAAGAAGGAAGAGUGAAGGACUGUCCACAUGUGGAAUAACAAUACAACUGCAUCAAUCAUCCUACUGUACCGCCUCACCGUUUCAUCCUACUGUACCGCCUCAUCGUUUCAUCCUUCUGUACCGCCUCACUGUUUCAUCCUUCUGUACCGCCUCACCGUUUCAUGCUACUGUACCGCCUCACUGUUUCAUGCUACUGUACCGCCUCACUGUUUCAUGCUACUGUACCGCCUCACUGUUUCAUCCUACUGUACCGCCUCACUGUUUCAUCCUACUGUACCGCCUCACCGUUUCAUCCUACUGUACCGCCACACUGUUUCAUCCUACUGUACCACCUCACUGUUUCACAAACACUUUCUGGCUCAAAUCAUCUGGAUUUCACGAGAAACAUGUUCUAUUAUCAGAAUGGGCUUUGAUGGUGUCAGUCACACGUUGGAUUUCAUGGCAUGUUACAAGUGACGGUACAUGGAUUCUAACAUGGCAUGUUACAACUGACAUGUUUCUAUUGUCUUGCUGUCUCUUGGUAUGAUAUAACCACGGUCUGAACACAAACAUGGUCAGGCUUUCCUCCACUACACAUUAUUAUGCAAACAAAGAAUUUUGAAUACUACCAUUAAGAUGUAUAUUUUAUUGAAAAUAUUGUAAUGACCAGUAAGACUAAAUGCAUAUCAAUUCAUCGAAAUAAGAGUUUUGUAAAUAAACCUUUACAUGAAA